AUGACCAAAGCCAAUGGUAUCAAGAUCGCCAUUGAUCGUGGUGGAACGUUUACUGAUGUGUUGGCUAUUAUUCCUGGGAAGGAAGACUACGUUUUCAAAUUGUUGUCAGUGGACCCUUCCAACUAUGCUGACGCCAAUAUCGAAGGUAUUCGCAGGGUUUUGGAAUAUUUCCAUGGCAUCGACAUUCCACGUAAAACUCAAUUGGAUAUAUCGGCAAUUGAAAGUAUUCGUCUUGGUACUACUGUGGCUACCAAUGCCUUGUUGGAAAGAAAGGGUGUACCAACUGCACUUGUGACUACCGAAGGCUUCAAGGAUAUCUUACACAUUGGAAACCAGUCACGUCCCGAUCUAUUUGCUUUGAAUAUUGUAAAGCCAGAGGUUUUGUAUAAGAGAGUUAUCGAAGUCGCUGAAAGAGUCACUCUUCCUGCUUUUACGGAGGAUGCCUCGGGAUAUGAUGCCAUGGACUUGAUUGAUGACAAAACUUACGUAUUAGGGUCGACUAAGGAAGUGGUACAAAUCAUCAAGCCUCUUGAUGAGGAAAAAACUAGGGCUCAAUUACAGCAAUUGAAAGAGGAUGGAAUCCGCUCACUUGCAGUUGUAUUAAUUCACGGCUACAACUUCCAAGUCCAUGAGAAGCGGAUUGGCGAAAUUGCUCGUGCGAUGGGAUUUGAGAACAUCACAUUGUCCCAUGAGGUACUACCAAUGAUAAAAGCGGUGAACAGGGGCCAAUCCACCUGUGUCGACGCUUACCUCACUCCAAUUGUCCAAGAAUACAUCAACGGGUUGAUUUCAGGCUUUCAGAAGGGUUUCGAGGACACUACGCGCGUUGAAUUCAUGAUGUCCGACGGUGGACUUUGUGACUACAGAAAGUUUACUGGCCUCAAGCUGUUAUUGUCUGGCCCCGCUGGUGGGGUAGUUGGUCAAGCCAUGACUUGUUACGACGGAGAUGAGGGAACCCAUACUAUUGGUUUUGAUAUGGGCGGAACAUCUACUGAUGUGUCUCGAUAUGCUGGAGCCUACGAGCAUGUAUUUGAGGCCACCACCGCUGGAAUCAAGCUUGCAGCGCCACAACUUGAUAUCAAUACCGUCGCAGCUGGUGGUGGAUCUAUUCUCACGUAUAAGAAUGGACUUUAUUGUGUGGGUCCCGAGAGUUCCUCUGCUCACCCAGGUCCGGUUUGCUACAGGAAGAAUGGUCAGAACUUGACCAUUACUGAUGCUAACUUGAUGUGUGGAAGGAUACAGGCGGAAUUUUUCCCAAAAAUAUUUGGCCCGAAUGAAGACGAAGAAUUGGAUACAGAGGCUGUGGUCACGAAGUUUGAAGAGUUGGCAACGAAAAUUAACGCAGAGCAUCCUGAAGCAAACCCCAAGACUCCGUAUGAAGUUGCGCUUGGAUUCCUUGAUGUAGCUAACGUGGCAAUGGCAAAGCCUAUCAGACAUCUUACCGAAAACAAAGGUUUCGAUGUUUCGAAGCAUAACCUUGCUUCCUUUGGUGGCGCUGGAGGUCAACAUGCUGUUCCAUUGGCAAAAGUGUUAAAAAUGAAGCGAGUGGUGAUCCACCGGUACUCUUCAAUCUUAUCUGCGUAUGGUAUUGCAAUGGCAGAUAUUAUCCACGAAGCGCAGGAGCCUACAUUGCGAGAAUAUUCUGAGAAAUCUCGAACGAUUUUGCUAGAAGAAUGUGAAUCUUUGAAGCAGAGAGUGUUUGAAGAACUAAGUGAGCAGGGUGUUAAUGAUGUCGAUUAUCAGAUCUUUCUUAAUAUGGGAUACAAAGGAUCUGAUUCUAAACUCAUGAUUUCUGAGAGCAACGGUAAAGAUUUCUUAACUAUCUUCUAUGAGACCCAUGAAAGAGAGUUUUCUUUCAAUGACUCCAGCAAACCGGUUAUUGUUAUGGACAUCAGAGUCAGAGGUGUGGGUAAUGUCAGCAAAAUCAGAGAGAGAUCACCUUUUGAAGAUUUAAAAAAAAUUGAGCUCUUUGAUAUCAAAAAAGAUCUUGCCAAGACAGUGAGACCUCUAUACUUCUCUGGUGGGUUCCAAAACUCUGAAAUCUACAAUCUUGAUGAUUUACCAAUUGGUGGAAAGGUGUCUGGCCCUGCGUUAGUCUUGGACGCUACACAAACGAUUUUGUUGGAACCGUUCUCAUUUUUGACAGUUUUACCAAGACACGUUAUAGUAGAUUUGGAAGAAGACUCUACUCUGGAUGCGAUUGAAGCUACUAAUGUGGUUGAUCCUGUUCAAUUGUCCAUUUUCUCUCACAGAUUUAUGUCUAUUGCAGAGUCCAUGUGUACCACAUUGCAAAGGAUAUCUGUCAGUGCUAACAUCAAAGAACGUAUGGACUUCAGUUGUGCCUUAUUUGACAAAGAUGGGAGUUUGGUUGCGAAUGCCCCUGCUGUUCCAGUCCAUUUGAGCGCCAUGUCUUUUGCAGUUAAGUGGCAGAUAAACUACUGGGGAAAAAAUAUUAAUCCUGGGGACGUUCUUGCUACUAACCAUCCAAAUGCGAAGGGAACUCAUUUGCCAGAUAUCACCAUUAUAUCUCCAGUUUUUGUUGAUGGGGUUAUUCGCUUUUACUUGGGUUCCAGGGCACAUCACGCCGAAAUUGGAGGAAGCGUUGCAGGUUCGAUGGACUCCUCUGCAACACAUCUAGACAUGGAAGGAGCGAAGUUUGAGGCUUGGAAAGUUGUGGAGAAUGGUAAGUUUGAUAAUGACGGUAUUCAAAGGUAUUUUGUGGAUGAUUUGAAGAACAUCCCAGGUUCAUCUCCUUCACGAAAAGUAUCUGACAAUAUUUCUGACAUCAAAGCAGCAAUUGCUGCUAAUCAGAAAGGUAUUAAUCUCUUGAAGGAUCUCUUCACUGAAUACAAUACCCAAACUGUGUUAUUUUACAUGAAUGCCAUUAAUCAGACAUCUGAGUGCUCCGUGAGAAACUUCUUGAAAAGACUCGCAAAAGAAAGAAGAGGGGCGUUACCUCUCACUGCUGUCGAUUAUAUGGAUGAUGGUGCUAGAAUACAAUUAAGCAUUUCUAUUGAUGAAGAAAACGGAUCUGCCCUCUUUGAUUUCACUGGCACUGCUGAAGAGACCUUUAACUGCUUCAACGCGCCAUGUUCCAUCACUUACGCAUGCAUUACGUAUUGUUUGAGAUGCCAUAUUACAGAUGGAGAUUUACCGUUGAAUGAAGGGGUGUUAAAUCCGAUUGAAGUACGCAUUCCUGAAGGGACUGUUUUGAAUCCCAGUAUCACAGCAGCAGUUUCUGGAGGAAAUGGAAUUACAUCUCAGAAGAUCACUGAUGUAAUCAUGAAAGCAUUUGGUACUGUUGCAGCUUCCUAUGGAUGUAUGAACUGUUUAUGUUUUGGGCAAGGUGGACUCGACAAGACAACCGGAGAGAUGCUUCCGGGUUUUGGUUUCUGUGAGACAAUUGGAGGAGGUUCGGGAGCUGGAAACGGAUUCCAUGGCUUUAGCGGCACUCAGUGUAACAUGACCAAUACGUUAAUGACUGAUCCUGAAGUCCUCGAGCAGAGAUAUCCUGUCGUUCUCAAGCAAUUUGCAGUUCGACAAGGAAGUGCUGGAGUUGGAAAGUGGAAUGGUGGUGAAGGAUUAGUCCGUGAGCUCGAGUUCACCUCCCCAUGCCAUGCUUCAAUUUUAACACAGAGAAGAGUCUUCGCACCUUAUGGAAUAGCUGGUGGAGGCGAGGGUGGUCGAGGUCAAAACAGACUUGGAAGAGUUGGCGACGAUGGAGUCACUAUUUACUGGAAGCACGUUGGCCCAACCGCAGAGAUUGAUGUCAACAAGGGGGAUAUCAUAAAGAUCUCCACACCCGGUGGUGGAGGAUAUGGAGUGCCAGAUGGUGACAAUGCUUCUCUAAUUUCAAAGCCCAUUGGAUACGUUGCCAGGGCUGGGGGAUCCUGGGGUAAAUAUGUUGAGUCCUUGAAUACCUCUCAAUAG